CUCCACUAUUGAGAUCUGAGCAAGCUUCCUUCUAUACUAUGUAAACCGGAAUUUAAAUACCGGUGCUAGUGCUCUUCUUUUCCUUGAACACGCCGAAAGCUCGAUAACGGAUGAGAGCGUAUGCGAGGGCGUAUUCGAGUGUAUUGGAAUCCGAAAAUCCCCAUCCCAUAGUGUUCGACAGUCUUUGCACCAAACUGGGCACAGCAUCGCGGCCGAUGUCGUAGUCGGAGAUAGUCGCCGAUACUCCGUGGGCCGUCCUACGCGGCAUAGAGAGAACCGCGCGGUACGGAGACAAGACGAGACACCGACAACAAACCCAGGAUCCACGCUUGAGUCGAGUCGUGCUUAAAGAUGCCGGAUUCUUUCUUCCCUGCACUCACAUCCCACCGGCACCCAUCGCCAUCAAUUGAUCAAUCAUCUCAAGUGAGCCAAAGUCAAACAAGAUGCACACCUACCCGCACGCACUCAUCGGCGCCGCCGACACUAUCCCCGUCAACGAGGCCAAGCCUAUCAUCUCGUUUAGCCCCGUCGUGCUCCCCGCCCCAGGCCGCCCCGUCAACCUGGAGCUGCGCGUCACGGUGCCCGCCUUGGGCGACGGCGACCUGCCCGUUAUCCUGCUUUCGCACGGCAUGGGCUGGAGCAACUGGUUGUCGUCGCUGGAGGGCUACGCGCCCCUCGUCGAGUUCUGGGCCGCCCAUGGCUUCGCAGUCUUGCAGCCCACUCACCUCAGCUCCAAGACGCUUGGCCUGACCGCCCCCGAGGGCAAGGAGUUCUACUACCAAGACCGUGCCGCCGACAUGGUGCGGCUGGUCGACGGGCUCGACGCCAUCGAGGCCGCCGUGGGGGCCGCGCUGCUCGGCGGCCGCCGCUUCGACCGCACUCGCAUCGCCGUCGCUGGCCACUCGCUCGGCGCCUGGACUGCUAGCAUGGUGCUGGGCGCGACGACCACGGACCUGCGGUUGGGCGUCACGUGGGCCGAGGCGCCGGACUCGCGCAUCAAAGCCGGCGUGCUGCUGGCCGGCGUCGGCGACCCGCGCGACAAGUCCGAGAACGGCAAGAAGAUGAUCGGCUGGUACGGCGGCGACUUCAGCGCUAUGGCUAAGCCUGCGCUCGUCGUCUACGGCGACGCCGACGUCUCGCCCCACCUCACCACGCGCGGGGCCGACUGGCACGGCGACGCGUACGGCCUCUCCCCCGGCCCCAAGGCGCUGCUCACGCUCAAGGGCGCCAAGCACGGCCUCGGCGGCAUCAGCGGCUGGGACGCCGGCGAGACCCAGGACGAGAGCCCCGAGCGCCUCGGCGUCGUCCAGCGCAUGACCUGGGCUUACUUGUGGAGCCAGCUGCACGAGGGCGACGGCGCCUGGGCCGCGGCCUGCAAGGCGCUCGGCGCAGAGCAGGGUUCUGUUGAGAGCAAGUGAGGUUGUGGUUGCAGGGCUUGUGGAUAGUGCUGCUCGUGAUGGUUGCGAAUAGUCAAUCAGGAUAUGAGAGAAAUGAAGUUGAGUUGUGAAUGGCCAAGACGUGAGAAAUAGAUGCAUCGUGAGAAAUAGAUGCAUAUAUGCUUGAUAAGGUGAGGCCCGCGCAUCGUGAAACAGAC